AUGACGGGCAUCAUGAAUUUUUGUCGAACGUUGGAGGAGCAUUUGAAGCAUCCAGAAACUGCAUUCCAGAUUUUGUUAAAGAAUCAACUUGUAGUGAAACUUGGUAAAUGUUCGUUCGGAAAGGAGAACACUGAAUAUCUGGGGCAUAUCAUCACAUCUAAAGGGAUUGCGGCAGAUCCUUUCAAGAUUGAGAGUAUGUUUAAUUGGCCGACGCCAAAAACAUUAAAGGGUCUUCGUGGAUUUUUGGGGCUGACUGGGUAUUACCGAAAAUUUGUUAAUAAUUAUGGAAGUACAUCAUAUCCCCUUACACAGAUGUUAAAGUAA